UGUCUUCAGUAAUAAACAGACAUCGAACGCUGCCGGUUCUCCAACAUUUAUAAGUUUGUUGUGUACCUGCGAGUGCGUGUGUGCUGCGUAUCUGUAUCUGUAUCUGACGCCAGAUACGGCGAUUCCUCGCUAACAACCAAACAAUAAGAAGAAAUACGAAAAACAUACAAAAAAAAACAACAACAAAAAAAACACCCACCAAUAACACAAAAACAAAAUAAAGCAAAAAAAAGCCGGUUCGGUUUCGGUACGGUUUGGUUUUUUUGGACAGGCAUCUCAAGGAUGCAGUGCGCACUGCAUAUUUUGUAUCUUUGGGAUACAAAUUAAGUUGAUUUGUUGCGCUUCGCUUGCGUUUUAAGUUGGAGAUACGAGGGUAAUUGAACUGCAGCACAGCCACACAUACAAACACACACUCACACACCUAAAUAUCAAGAGUAUCUUCUGCAUUGCAUUUUAUGUAUCUAGAUACCUUUGUCGGUUACAAUUUGACGACAGUCGACAGACUGAAAACUUGGCUGCUUGUCGCUUGUCAAUCUAGGCGCUGAUAAAAAGAACGCAGCCACAAAACAUAAACCAACAACAACAGCAACUAACAGCAAGUGCCCUAUAACGUAUCUUUGUAUCUACGUAUCUUUUGGUCGUUGUGUUCAGUGAUAAAUGCAUUUCAUGCGUUCCAACUAUGUAAAUACCAAUUUAAUUUGAGUGUCUAUAGUAAAUAUAAAGUCGCUGCAAUCCCCUUACACCCUGCCCUCCCUCCCCUCAGCAAUCCCCCUCACCACCCCCUGAAACGAAGCGUUAAAAAAGGCAGUCAGCAGUUGAAAUCGUUGUCUGACUGUCGUGUCCAUCCAAAUAUUGAAUAUUUACACAUGCAUUGAGUGAAGUGCAUUUUCGAGUGGUUGCACUUACAGUGCCUCUAAAAAAAAAAGGGAUAUACGAAUACGAAUUUGAGUACCUAUAUCAUCAGUUUGUCAGCACAGAAGUGAGUGUAUCUGUGUGUGUUAACAUAGUUCACUAAUUGGCCUAUAAGCCACAUCUGAGAUACUUCAAGACACUCGACAAGAAUUGACUGAGAACUCAUCGAAUGGAUAUGAAUACGAAUACGAAUACGAGUAUGCUGUUGAUGCUCUGUCUGGUGAUUGCUCUAUUGGCUCCCAGCUUGGUCAGCUCAUCACGUUGCAUUCAACCGGGACAGAGUCAGGCAUUUAUUGAGAACGAUGCCGUUGACUUUAGCUGUGAGGCAAGAGGACCCUCCGCAGAUUUGCAUUACGAGUGGUUGCAUAAUGGUCAACAAAUUAUGUACGACAAGCGCGUGCAACAAAUCGGUGGCAAUUUGCAUAUCGAGUCGGUGCAACGCGACGAUGCUGGUGACUUUGUGUGCAUUGCAACCAGUGUGGCAAGCGGCGCCAGGCAGGAGUCGCCACCAGCUAAAUUGAGCGUAAUAUAUCUGGACUCGGCGAGCGUGCAACUGCUGGGCAGUAAUCGGAACGAGUUGUUGCUCAAAUGCCAUGUCGAAGGAGCCUCCGGGAAUGAACCGUUGCGAAUUGAAUGGUAUCGGGACAGCGCCAAGUUGAGCACAUGGCAGAAUAUCGAGUUGCAGCAGCAUCGAUUGAUAGUACGACAACCGAGCAGUUUAGAUAAUGGAUUAUAUCGAUGCACUGCAUCCAAUGCCGCUGCACGUGUGAUGAGCAAACAGGGCUAUAAUUAUCAGCAUCAGAUUAAUGCCAAAUGUCUGCCCAGAUUGAAAAAGAAUCAAAAGUUACCCGAUUCGUGGGGCAAGCAAGUGUUUCUGUGUCGUGGCAAGCGUGGAGGAGCCGGUGGCAUGGAUCAAUCAAUGUCAUUGCCUCCAUCUCCCGAAGGACUACAGAUUGUACAGGGUCCCAAUGCAAAGUUAAUCAUCAAGGAGGGAGAACCAGCUGCUCUCAGUUGUCUCUAUGAAUUACCCGCUGAGCUACAGAAUCAACGAGUUCAACUUCGUUGGCGCAAAGAUGGCAAAGUGAUGCGACAUUUGGAGCUGGGAGGUGCUCUGAUUCCUGGCCAAUCUCUCGACAGCUUCAACAAGGAUGCCCUGCUCCGUGAAGAUGCUCGCCUUGUGGUGCACAAACAGAAUGGCACGCUCAGUUUCAACAGCAUCAUUGCCAGCGAUGCGGGUCAAUACAUGUGCCAAUUGCAACUGGAGGGACAUUCCCCGGUGAAUUCAUCACCUGGCAUUUUGGAGGUCAUUGAACAGCUCAAGUUUAUGCCGCAGCCAACAUCGAAGAAUCUGGAACUUGGCAUUCUCGGCAAGCUGCAUUGCAAGGCACAGGGAACUCCAACGCCCCAAGUUCAAUGGGUUAAAGAUGCGACGAAUGCUACACUGCCCGAAAAUGUGGACGACAUCAAUGGCACUUUAACGUUUAAGAUUGUGAGUGCUGAACAUCGUGGAAACUACACGUGCCUGGCCAGCAACAGUCAGGGACAGAUUAAUGCCACAGUCACCAUAAAUGUGGUGGUCACCCCGAAAUUCAGUGUGGCUCCUGUGGGACCCAUUGAGACCCUGGAACAAGGCGUGGCUUUCAUACACUGUCAGGCAAUUGGAGAUCCCAAGCCAACGAUACAAUGGGAUAAGGAUUCCCAAUAUUUGCGGGAGAAUAAUACGGAUAGGCAACGUUUUAGUUUCCUGGAGAACGGAACACUCGUCAUUCGCAAUGUCCAGGCGGAGGAUGAGGGCAAAUACGGUUGCACCAUUGGCAACAGUGCGGGAUUGAAGCGGGAGGAGGUGCGUCUACUGGUGCGGGCCAAUGGCGACGGUUUCAUUACAGAAGAAUCCGCUGGCGAUGGUUUCCUCGUGACACGAGCCGUGCUUAUCACGAUGACUGUUGCCCUGGCUUAUAUCGUGCUCGUGGUAGGCUUAAUGCUCUGGUGUCGCUAUCGUCGUCAGGCGCGCAAGGCGCGUCUCAAUGAGCUAAGCAACAAGGAAGCUGGCGGAGAUCAGACCGAUGGAUCUGGCAAGAACACCGAGCAGGAGCCGUGUCUAUCCAAGCAGCGUAAUGGACAAAGCAAAUCUCGUGGCGGAGAUGCACAGAAAUCGGAUGAUACCGCCUGCAGUCAACAGUCGAGGGCAUCCAAGAAAUCCGCACACGUCUAUGAGCAACUUGCUCUGCCACGCUCUGGUCUCACUGAGCUCAUACAAAUUGGACGCGGUGAGUUUGGCGAUGUCUUUGUGGGCAAAUUGAAGGCUUCGCUAGUGACUUCUCCGGUGACAAGCGAUAAGGAUGCGGAUACGGAGAAGCAGCAUAGCAAUAGUGAAAAUGGCAGCGGUGGCAGUGGAUCUGGCAGCACCACCUUGAGCACCUUAAAUGAGAAGCGACGCUCCAAGACCUCCAUGGACGACAUCGAAGAGAUCAAGGAGGAGGAGCAACCACAAACGCAGCAGGCACAAUCCGAAUCUCUGCCCGAUCAACUGGUGUUGGUCAAGGCCCUUAAUAAGGUCAAGGAUGAGCAGGCUUGCCAGGAAUUCCGUCGGCAAUUGGAUCUGUUGCGUGCCAUCUCCCACAAGGGUGUCGUCCGUCUCUUUGGCCUCUGCCGUGAAAAGGAUCCACACUACAUGGUGCUCGAGUAUACGGAUUGGGGGGAUCUCAAGCAGUUUCUACUGGCCACCGCCGGCAAGGUGAACACAGCCACCGCAACAUCCUCGCCUCCUCCACUGACCACCAGUCAAAUGCUCGCUGUCGCCUAUCAAAUAGCUCGAGGAAUGGAUGCCAUCUAUCGUGCCCGCUUUACCCACAGGGACCUUGCCACUCGCAACUGCGUCAUCUCCAGUGAGUUUAUUGUGAAAGUCGCGUAUCCGGCACUGUGCAAAGAUAAAUACAGUCGCGAAUAUCACAAGCAUCGGAACACGUUGCUGCCAGUUAGAUGGUUGGCACCGGAAUGCAUCCAGGAGGAUGAGUAUACCACCAAGAGCGACAUCUUUGCCUUCGGUGUGGUAGUGUGGGAGCUAUUCAAUCAGGCUACAAAGCUGCCCCAUGAGGAAUUAAGCAACGAGCAGUUGGUGCAACGUGCAUUGGAAAAUACCCUGGAGUGGUCCAUUGCCGAGGGCACGCCUGCCUGUCUCAAGGACAUUUUGCUUUCCUGCUGGUUGGUCAAUCCCAAAGAACGUCCAUCUUUCAGUCAGUUGGGUGCCGCGCUCAGCAAGGCCAUGCAAAGUGCUGAUAAAUGAGAGUAUUAGAGUUGCCAGAUCGAUGACUGAAUAUUAGUGUUGGCAAAUAUUUGCUAACUACGCCAAAUAUAAUUUGUAGUAUUUUUCUUAGUAUAUAAUUCGGACAAAUUAAUGCCUGCAGAAAUUAUAACGGAAACUUCUUUUAUAUUUCAUAAUGGUGUAAUCGCAACGUACUGAGUUAUUUUUAAAUGUCAGCCGCAUGUUCAACAUGCGUACUUAAUACUAGACUAAACUUAGAUUAUAAAUACAUAUUUGAAUUGUAAAA